AUGGAGGCUGGAUCCGUGGUGCGAGCUGUCUUUGAUUUCUGCCCCAGCGUCUCCGAAGAGCUGCCCCUGUUUGUGGGGGACGUCAUAGAGGUGCUGCGGGUGGUGGACGAGUUCUGGCUCCUUGGGAAGAAGGAGGGGGUCACAGGGCAGUUUCCGAGCAGUUUUGUGGAGGCAGUGGAUAUUCCCAGUUUGAAGCAGGGAGAGAAGCUGUUUGUCUGCACUAAUGACUUCACGUCCCAGGAGCCAGGGAGCCUGUCGCUGCAGAGAGGAGACUUGGUGAUCCUGAGUGGCUCCCUAGCCCCCAGUUGGCUCCAGGGUAGAAGCUGCCGGGGCUCCAGGGGCUUCUUCCCAUCGUCAUGCGUGCGGGAGCUUUGCCUCUCGCCCUGGGGCCGCCGGCUCUCUCAGAGCACUGUCCUGGACAUACCUGCUGACUCACUGGGCCAAGCCCGAGCCUUGAUGAGCCUCUCUGCCCAGCUGGAGGAGGAGCUGGACUUUAGGGAAGGGGAUGUUAUCACCAUUGUCGAUAUCCCUGAGCCUGGCUGGUUCACAGGGGAGCUGGGAGAUCGAAGCGGGAUUUUCCCAGAGGGCUUCGUGGAGCUGCUGGGUCCCUUGAGAGUGACAGGUGGCCCAGAGGGGCCGGGGCCCUCCGAGAGUUACAGUGUUAAUGGCCUGGCAGAUGUGCCCCCCGAGGAGGAGGGCGGGCAGGAAGGGAGUGAGGAGCCGCUGGGCACGUAUGGCAUUGCCCUCUAUCAGUUCCAAGCGCUGGAGCCCCAGGAGCUGGAUUUUGAUGUGGGAGACAGAAUCCAGAUUGUGGGGGCACUGGAAGAUGGCUGGUUGGAGGGCAUGCUGAGGGGGAGACGUGGCAUUUUUCCUCAUCGGUUUGUCAGGCUGGAGGGCUCUGCUCCCUGCAGGGAAAAGAGGGGCACUGGGAAGUCGCAGGAAGAAGGCAGCUGUGGAAUGGCCAUCCAUCAGGACCCAGCGAGUGCCUGUGCUGGGGCCCUUCCCCUGCAAGGGGAGGAAGGGGAAGACCUGAGUGCCAGGGGCUCACACCAUGUUGAAGGGAAGUCCAAUACAACUUCGUCCCAAACAGCAAUGAGGUCAGAGGGUCCUUCUGAUGUUGGGGUUGGACAGUGCAAGCCUGCAUCCUUGGAAGGGCACCCUCCCAGCACAGAGCUCCAGGGGCCCCUUCCCAAGGACACAGUGGGCUCCCUUCCCAUUGACUCUGCAAAGGCUAUCAAUGGCAUUUUCCCCGCCCCUCAGCUCCCUCCCCAGCCCAAGAGCAGACUCCGUUGCCAGGCGGUUGAAUUGGAGCCCAGCCAGAGCCCUUGGGCCUUGCAAAGGCCCUUGGACAUCCCUGCCUCACCUGAGAGGGAUGGACAGAGUCCCAGUGUUCCCCCAUGGGCACUACGCUCUCCCCUGCGCAGUAGCAGGAGACAAGUCUUCCCUUCUUCCAGCAGCUGGGCUGCGGCAGAGCCUGGAGAAGGUCGGCGGAGCACCCUUUUCCAGGAUCUGGCCAGCUGGGUGGAAGAUCAAAGGCAGAAAUCUAAAUCCCGCUCUUCCAGCUUCAGUGGUGCCCACGAGGGCCUGGAUACAUGGCCUGGUGCCCUAGCAGACCGGCCCUCGCCCAUGCUGCAUGGAGACAGCUGCACUGACCUCGACUCCAAGCUGACAGAGCAGCUGGCGCAAUUUGAGAAGAGCCUGACUAGCUCUGGAGCUGAGUCGGACAAGAAGGUCUCCCGACACUUCUCCAUUCUGGACUACAGUUCAGAGAAGGACAUUGUGCGUGGCUCCCCAGAGUGUGCCCCCCACUGGAGGCUGCCGGAGAGGAGGAAGGGCCUAAGGCCUCCACCUCCUCGCCCCAACGCCCCAGCCGUUUCUCCCUCCUUCUCAGUGCGGCCCUCCCGGCCAGCCCCUCUCCCUCCUCCAAGCAGUCAGAGAAGGAACACGGCCUCUCCACAGCUUCAGCCCAGGAGCCAGCCCAGGCAGGAGCCACGGGCAGAGGAGGGCCAGGGGGAUGCAGAUGGGGCAGCUGCACGUCAGUGCCCCUUUCUGCUGACAAGGAUCCGGGAGGUGGAACAAGACCUGGAGGCUUAUGGCAAGACUCGAGCUGAGCUGACCUCGAUGCUAGAGGAGCAGCAGGAUGAGCUGGUGAGAUCAGAGACCCUGGAGAACCUGGAUUUCUGUGACUCCAACAUCAAAAGCCUCAGUGCAGAGUUGCAGGAGCUGAGAGAAAUGACCCUCCUUUCCUCGCAGACUGUGUCCCUGGAGGCAGCAUCUGGCACAGCUGCCACCGAGAAGCAAAGGAUGAUGGAGAAGAGGUCGAAGGUCAUUGAGGAACUCCUUCAGACAGAACGGGAUUAUAUCCGAGACCUCGAGAUGUGUGUGGAGCAGAUCAUGGUGCCUCUGCAGCAGGCGCAGGUGCAGAGUGUGGACUUUGAGGGGCUCUUUGGAAAUAUUCAGAUGGUGAUUAGCUUCUCCAAGCAGCUGCUGGGCACCCUGGAGGCUGGGGACGCUGUUGGGCCAGCAUUCCUGGCGCACCAGGCAGGGCUGGAAGAGGUGUACAAAGUGUAUUGCCAGAACCAUGAGGAGGCUAUUGCACUGCUGGAGGCCUACGAGAAGGACGAGAGGAUCCAGAAACACCUGCUGAACUCCCUGGAGAGCCUCAGGAGCCUGUACAGUGAGUGGGGCUGCACAAACUACAUCAACCUGGGCUCCUUCCUCAUCAAGCCUGUGCAGAGGGUGAUGCGAUACCCACUGCUGCUGAUGGAGCUGCUGAGUGCCACACCUGAGUCGCACCCUGACAAGGCACUACUCACCGCUGCAGUCCUUGCAGUCAAAGAGAUCAACGUCAACAUCAACGAGUACAAACGUCGCAAGGACCUGGUGCUGAAGUACCGAAAAGGGGAUGAGGACAGCCUCAUGGAGAAAAUCUCCAAGCUCAACUUCCACUCCAUCAUCAAGAAAUCCAACCGUGUCAGCAGCCACCUCAAGCACCUCACAGGCUUCGCCCCCCAGCUGAAGGACGAGGCCUUUGAGGAGACGGAGAAGAAUUUCCGGUUGCAGGAGCGGCUGAUCAAAUCCUUCAUCCGAGACCUUUCCCUCUACCUGCAGCAUGUCCGGGAGUCGGCCUGUGUGAAGGUGCUGGCAGCUGUGAGCAUGUGGGACUUGUGCAUGCAGCAGGGCAGUGGGGAUCUGGAGCAGUUCCAGAAAGUGCAUCAACUCAUCAGCGACCAGCUCUUCUCCAGCUUUAAAGAGAGGACGGAGCGGCUGGUGAUCUCCCCUCUCAACCAGCUGCUGAGCAUGUUCAUGGGGCCGCACAAGCUGGUGCAGAAACGCUUCGACAAGCUCCUGGACUUCCACAACUGCACGGAGCGGGCGGAGAAGCUGAAGGACAAACGGACACUCGAGGAGCUGCAGUCAGCUCGCAACAAUUAUGAGGCAUUGAAUGCCCAGCUACUAGACGAGCUGCCCAAGUUCCAGCGCUGUGCCAAGGAGCUGUUUGCCAGCUGCUUGCGGGGCUAUGCCAGGGCUCACUGCAACUUUGUGCACCUGGCACUGGGGGAGCUGAGGCCACUGCUGUCGCUGCUGCGAGUGGCUGGCAGGGAGGGGAACCUCAUCUCCAUCUUCCAAGAGGAGCACAGCCGAGUUCUCCAGCAGCUCCAGGCCUUUACCUUCUUCCCGGAGUCCCACACGGCUGCCAAGAGACCAUUUGACAGGAGGAGUGUGGAGCGCCAGUCUGCCAGGCGGCAGCCACUCCUGGGCCCACCCAGCUACAUGCUGCAGUCAGAUGAACUCCGAGCUGCCCUCCUGGCCAGGUACCCCCCGGAGAAACUCUUCCAGGCAGACCGCAAUUUCAACGCAGCCCAGGACCUGGAUGUCUCGCUGCUGGAGGGUGAUCUUGUGGGUGUCCUCAAGAAGAAGGACCCCAUGGGCAGCCAGAACCGCUGGCUCAUUGACAAUGGAGUGACCAAAGGCUUUGUGUACAGCUCCUUCCUGAAGCCCUAUAACCCACGCCGCAGCCACUCAGACAUCUCGGUGGGCAGCCACUCCUCCAAUGAGUCCGAACACAGUAGCUCCUCACCGCACAGCAGCAACACCCUGACCUUCAACCCCAGUGGCAUGACCGUGACCUUCACCCAGAAACCUCUGCAGGACUGUGCCUCUCCAGGGGAUCCAUACCACUCCCUGAGGUCCCCCUCCGAGACAGAUGCUGCCUCCCAGCCCCAGGCUGGCUCCUCUGAUAGAACGGUUCCCAUGGAAUCCAACCAGCAGCCCAACAUGACACCAGCUCACCGACGCUACAGUCGUCCUGAGCCGAACAGCAGCUCCAGCACCCGCAGUGGGCACCCUGCCAAAGCAUACCUCAGGCCAGCACCUUCGCUGGAGGACAGAGACUCGGGGCUGGAGAGCAGCGAGUCUGAGGGCAACCAGGUCUAUUAUGCUGUCUACACCUUUAAAGGCCGAAGUCCAAAUGAGCUGAGUGUAUCAGCCAAUCAGAGACUCAGGAUCCUACAGUUUGAAGAUAUCACGGGCAAUCGAGAGUGGUGGUUAGCUGAGGUGCAUGGGAGGCAGGGCUACGUGCCGUCCAGUUACAUCCGGAAGACGGAGUAUACGUGA